AGUACUGAAGAAAAUACUAUAAGAUCUUACAGAAGAAGAAACAAAGGAGACGCAACUUCUCAAACAAAUUUGAUCCAGAGAAGUAUAUUAGCAACAACUGAGAAGUCUCAUACGAGGAUUUGCCUGAUGACCCUAUGAUCAUUAAUAUGAAUCCUCCAGGGUGGAAGGGGCCAACUCUGAAGGAUAUUGACGAAACUACGAAUAGAAGACAGCUGACAGUUGAAGACCAUAUCGAGUUGGAAUAAAAAUGAGCAAGAAAUACAACGAUAAGAAAAUUAAAAACCUUCCGAACAGGUUCAGUUCAGAGGAGGAAAAGUUAAUACAUCAGGUCUCUACUCAUAGCUUAUUUCCUGUCAAUAGCGAUAAUCCAGGAUCGAAGCCAUUAACGAGGAAAAAGUUAGAAAGCAAACGGAGAAGUCUGCUCUUUCCAAAUUCAUUGAGAAUAUUAGAGGUUCAAAAUUUCCAAAACCCAACUAUCUUGCAGGCUGAGUUAAGAAAAAUUCAUUGUGAUGAUGACUCUAAUGAAAUUUCAAAAGAGGAGGUUUACAAGGAUAUUGAUGACUUUUUAAUUCCUAAGCCAAACACCACAAAAUCUAGGCCUCGGAAUGUCACAGUACACGAUUCAAUAGGAAUGAAUAUAAAUUUGAUAACAAGGGAAUUUAUCCUCAAAAGAAAAGAAAGGAUUAAGCAAAGAGCUUUGAAUCCUCUAUUUACUUUUGGGAAUCAAAUUAAGAAGAAAAAGCAGAUUGGAAAUAAACUUCCUAUUAAGGAAAAGUUUUUAUCAAUGAAGGAUAUUUUCAAAAUCACAAAGAAUCAUCUACAAACCUUAUCAGAUAUGCAAUCAGGAAGGAAGACAUGUACUGCUGCUAGCGCAAGAGGGAAGAAGACAACCCUGUAUCACGACCAUCGCAGGAGUAUUCAGAAUAGUUUCUUUAAGUCAAAAGAGAAAGUUAAUGUGAAUCUUAAGGAUGAUCCUCUCUUCAAGAAGUCUAUACACUGUUUGAAGACAGAAUCUAAGUCUAUAAUCAGUAUUCCUGCUAGCAGAAAGAUUCAGAGCAUAUUCAGCUAAAGUCCAUGGGAUAAAUAAAAUUCAACAUAAA